AUGACAGUCGCCAAAGCUGAAGGGAUCGAACGAAGAAAUGAGGGCAACGAAAGACGCGCUGCGUUUAGAAAAAAUAUUAAAAUUAUUAUGACAACUUGUACUGCAUACCCGUUUAAGUAUAGAAAAGGAACUUAUUUGUGUUUCUUCUGUAGAAAUACAUUUCUCGAACCGGAAAAAUUAAGAGAGCACACACAAAAUGAACAUACAGAUCUUUUUUUUAAGUUCAAGAAAUAUGAGCCGCUAAAGAUGGAUUUUGCCACCGCCAAAUGUAAACUUUGCGGGAAAGCGAUCAAUAAUUACUCUACACUAAAGACGCAUUUACGAGAACAUGGGAAAGUAUUGGACAACAAAUAUGGAGAUUCAAUAUUGCCGUACAAAUUGAGUAAGGACGAACAUUGUUGUCAGGUUUGUGGGAAAAGAUAUGAAAUGUUCUUAAGUCUCCACAAGCAUAUGAACGAUCAUUACGAGCAUUUUAUUUGUGAAACUUGUGGUAAAGGCUUCGCAACGACGCAAAGGAUGCUAAAUCAUUCAAGGACCCAUGAAAGGAGAGAUUUCCCAUGCAAGCACUGUGGAGAGACUCUAACUUCUUACGCGGCGUUGUACGCUCAUAUAGCAAAAGUACAUCGGCUAAACAAAAGAUACAAAUGCCCCAUUUGCGAUGAAAAAUUCGCAUCCUAUAAAUAUAGGAUGAAACAUUUGAAUACAGUUCAUGGGGAAAAGACAGCCUUAUUUCCAUGUCCAUCUUGCCAGAAAGUGUUCGAUCUGUGUAGUCGCAGAACUGCCCAUAUACGGUCACAUCAUUUGCAAGAACGUAACCACGCCUGUACAGUUUGUGGCAUGAAAUUCUUUAGUAAUUAUGAACUUCAAGAGCAUAGUGUUAAACAUGUAGGCGCGAGGAUAUACCAGUGUGACGUAUGCAAGAAGUCAUAUGCCAGAUUAAAAACUUUACGCGAGCAUAUGAGAAUUCAUAAUAAUGAUAGGCGAUUUGUUUGUCCGGUUUGCGGGCAGUCGUUCAUUCAGAAAUGUAGUUUGAAACAACAUGUGAGAGUACACCAUCCUAUGCAAGUGAAAUCUGAUAUUUUA